AGAAUUCACGUCGAGGUUGAGGGAUGAAUAGAUAAUAUGUUUUGGUUUAUUCUCUAAACCGUGGAAUGGAGUUACAUGUUAUCAUGCAUAACAAUUAGGUCCAUUUCCCUGUGAGAGGCUGGUUAAAAGACGUGCUAGGUAAUUUUGAAAGGAACCCUAAAAGGCUACCGGAAUUCCAUUUCAAUAUAGUCUAGCUCGAACUUCACUUUCAUCCCUAAAAGUUGCUCAGAUAACUGAUGUUUUCAAUGUUUAGAUUAAGGGUAGAUUUCGGAUUUUCUUUUCUCUUCUAACAAAUCGACCAAACCACGAACCCUGGGUAUUUACAACUUAACUAUAAAUCCCUCAGAUUUUGGUUGGAAAGCGGGCAUUUAUCGUGCGUGUAUCCCAGUUGAAGAUUUCGGAAAAACACCCGAGCAAUUCAAAAAGCACAAAAGUUCUGUCCGUUCUGUGCUGAUGUCCAUGGGGCAAAAUUACAUCAGUCCGUGAAAAGAUAGUUCCAGUAGGUUCCUCAUAACUUGAACACGUAAUGCAAAGGCAAGAAUGUCUUUGCAUCGUUCUCCUCAGUUCAAAUAUGAAGUAUUUCAUAUAUUCACUUGCAUUUUAAGAUCGCGCUUAGCCUAGGAAGACAGACGUAUUUCCGGCUGUUGCUUGGUUCCGCCGAUGGAACCAUGCGACAGCCGGAAAUACGUCUGCGUUCGCAGGCUGUAUCACGCUCAGCUCCUGUGAGUUAUCGAGAGUGGCAUAAGCAAAAAAUACACAGGAAAAACAAAAUGAAAGUCUAAAAUCUAAAACAAAAAGACAAAACAAACAACUCCAAACGGAAAAUAUUGGGUGUUAAUUAAUUUUAACCAGUACUCUUAGAGCUUACUAUGUUCCCGCAAACCUUAUCGGAAAACCAUAACACUGUACUCCUCGCCCGGAUUACGAUCGAGCCACCCCACAAUUAAGCCACGCUAAAAGUCAGGCAACAAAUAGGACCAACAGAUAUAAUAUCAAAUUUGACUGUAGGGCAGAUUCAACAGUGAUGGGGAAGCUUUCGUGUACCAUGAUAAGGAAGAGUGGAUUUAUGGGCUCUCAAAGGAUACUGAAUUUAGUUCUAGUUGUCGAAAUUUUUGAUUGUUCAAGGGUUAAUAUUCUGUACAAGAGUCAAGGAAAUUCAAACAAAAUUACCCUUCAGUUCUAGUCAUCAAAAUGUUCGAGUUAUUAGAGGUUCGAGUUAUCGGGCUUCGCCACCUGUUUUUAUAUGCGUUGCGUACCUACCUACAAGGUAGUAUUUUCGCCCCAGUCACCUCGCAUUUGGGCACAUGGCCACAUUUUCAAAAUGGCGGCCGGCGGAGGGAAAGAAGGUUUAGAAGAAAGCAAUGAACAACAGCUUUCUCGGAUCGUUAAAGACGUACGCUCUGGAAGCCUUGAUCUGGUUACAUUUGUGGAAGAGCUGGGGCCGCAGCUGACAAGCAGUGAUGUAGAUAAGAGAUGUCACGGGGUCUGCUUAUUGUCUGAUGUCUUGCAUCGUUUGGUUGGGGUUCCAUUCCAGGAAAAGGAAGUGACUUUGUUUUGUGAAUUUCUGUGUGACAGACUCAAGGAUCAUUACACCAUUAUUCCUCAUGCUUUGUUUGGUAUUCUUGCUUUGGUGACAAAUCAAAAUGUCCAAGACACAGACUGUGUGAAACUUAUUCAGACUGUAUUCAAGGAAGUUCAUGCGCAGGUAAUCUUUGCAAAGGCCUACAUGUACAUGUAUGCUUUACCAGCAGAUGAUCCAUAUGGAAUCAAGAAAGAUGAUCUGGUGUCAAGUUUGCGGAAGUGUCUUGCUGCUACAAACCAGUUUGCUCCUCCAGCAGAUGAUCCAUAUGGAAUCAGGAAAGAUGAUCUGGUGUCAAGUUUGCGGAAGUGUCUUGCCGCUACAAACCAGUUUGCUCCUUUCUGUCUUCCACUUUUGAUGGAAAAGCUGUCAUCAGAUAUUGUCGAUGCCAAAAUUGAUUCCCUUUUGACCCUUGCAGCCUGCUUGGAUGUGUAUGAUAGCAGAUUUUUAUUUGAAUAUUUAGAGCCUCUUUGGACAGCUAUUAAGAGUGCAGUUUUUCAUCCUGUGAAUUCUGUGCUAGAGGAAGCCUGUCUCACUGCAGUGACAAGCAUUGUAAGAAAUCUCUGUGGGUCUACCAAGGAAACUACUAAGGAGAAAUAUGACGACUUUCUACAAUUCAUUGAGAGAGAUAGCCCAGUAUUGAAGUACAAGGAGACCCUUUCUACUGCUUUAUUUUCAUUCUUAUCCCAUGUUAACUUGUCUUUGUGUGCCACAGCAGUGGAAUGUUUUAUGGUCCUUGUUGAAUUAAAAGGACUGUUGACUGAAAAGGAGUCAUCAGAGAAUGUUUGUGAUGAUUUGCAGACCCAAAUCAAGAGUGUUUUUCAGUGUAUUCUGAAUAUUGUUCAAGGAUCACUUCAAAAAGGAUUUACAUCAGCUGCAUACUUCAAACAAUCUCUUAUUCCUGACAUCAUGAGGAUUGUACUGAAAUCCACCUUAAAGGAUUCAAAGGAAAUACUUAGUGGAAUCAAGUCCAAGGAUGUUUUGGACAAAAUUAGUGCCAUCUUCAGGACUGUCACAAGUAAUUUAGAUAUCAAAGAAGCACAUGACCUUCUGGAAGAUUUUGCUGGAAUUUAUUUAGACGAAAAGUCUCCCUAUCGGAAAGCAAUAAUGGAUAGAACAUUUUCACCAUUCGAGAGUACAUCACCAUGGCAACAAACUCAGCUGGUAUCAUUGUUAACAGCCACCUUAUGCUCUGCAAGACGAGAGGUUGUUAUUCCAAGGUAUUCAGAUCUAGUCCCCAGGCUCCAGUAUUUAGCAUGUCACUGUGGUCAUGACAGAAGUGCAGAGAGUGGGGCCCAGUGUCUGGCUGGGAUAAUUAACAAGUUGCCUGAAGGUGAUGAGUUAACUUCACUGGUAAACGACUUGAUGAGCAAAAUAUGGCAAGUCAGUGGCAAAGAGGACUCACUAAAACGAGCCACAGUAACUUGGCUUUGGUUGACUAAAGCAGUAGUGAUCCGCUCUCACGCAUUAGCACCUAAAUUUAUUGAAAAGGUUUUUAGUUUGCUGGUUGAUAAAUAUGUUGGCCGUGUCGCAGCAGAUGGUUUCUAUAUCAUCAUGGCGGAUUAUGAAGAAGUCAUGAGUGUUAAAAUGCAUGUUAAUUACAGGAUGAUGUACCGUCAGCGGCUUUUCAUGGAAACUGCUCCCAAGUUAAUACAAGGAUUUCACUCUGCAGAGCCAGUCGUUAAGCAUCAUUACCUUUGUGCGCUGUCUCAUCUCCUGCAGUGGAUCCCAAAACAGGUUCUACUCACCGAGCUGCCAAAUUUGAUGCCGCUAUUGGUUCAAUCUUUGUCCUGUGAGGAACAGAGUUUGAGGCUGUCCACAUUACAGACCUUGUAUUCACUAGUGCUGGAUGCUCCUGAGAUUAUUACACGUCACGUGACUUCAUUAGUUCCCAUGCUCCUGGGAUUGUCAAAGUUUCAGCUAUCAAUGAAAAUUCGAAUGGAAGCUCUCAAGUGUUUGGGAGCAAUGACAACUUUACCUCACCAUGCGGUGUACCCUUACAAAACCAAAGUAUGUAGAGCGUUAGCUGACUCAGUCGAUGAUAAAAAGAGAUUAGUCCGAAAAGAAGCAGUGAAAUGCAGAAACGAAUGGUAA